AUGGUGAUCAAAGUAUACAUUUCAAGUGUUACUUGUAACAACCAGCAACGCAAAAACCAACACACAAUCCUAAGCAAAUUGCAAGCAGAAAAAGUUGACUUCAUAAAAAUUGAUGUUACUGAUCCAAAGCACAAUCAGGAAAAACUGCAUAUGCGAGAGCUCAGUAAAUCUCGGAAGGAAGGAACAUUUGCUGUGCCACCUCAAAUUUUCAAUGACUCUGAAUACUGUGGGGAUUAUGAAGCAUUUGCUGAUGCUCUUGAAACACAGAACUUAUGGGAAUUCUUAAAGAUGAAAGAGCUUCAGGAUCAGUUGAAGCAAAAAAUUGAAGAUGAUGAUUCUUUGAUUGGUUUCAAUAAAGAGGGUGAGGAAGAGAAGAAAGAUGAAGAGGGUGGGGAAAAAACCAAAGAGGCUAUCAUCGAGGAGGAGGAGAAGGUAGUAGAGGAGGCUAAAGAAGGUGACGAGGAAGAGAAGAAAAAGGAGAAAGAGGACACUAAAGAAACUGAGGCAGAUGAGAAGACAAAUGAGGAGGUGGAGAAAAAAGAGGAAGUGUUCGCAGAUAAUGAGCAACUGGAGACACAGGAGUCUGAGGAAUCUGAACAAAAAACAGAAAUAGAAGAAAAAGUGGAUAAAACAGAAGUUGAAGAGGAGAAAAAAACAGAAGAAUCUGAAAAUCAGGAGUAA